GUGACGGAUGCGGGAAGUUCACAGGUUUUCCCUAUUCACUGCCUUCUCCACGUAAGACCAUUGCCUCUCGUUCGCCUGGACAGCGAAGACCUGAACAUCCGCUUGGGAAGAAACUUUGAAUGAGAAGUUUUGAGACAAGACACUGAAGGAAAAGCAGGAGAGCGUUGGAGAGAGGGGUACGAUGCAGGCGCGCUACCCCGUGUCUAGCCAAAGCCCUCUAGGCGUAGUGCCUUAUAUCACCGGGGAUCAAGGCUUUUAUCGAGCCGCUGCCGGAGGUGGAUAUUCCGGUAUGCCUGCGCCUAUGAGCAUGUACUCUCACGCAGCGCACGAGCAAUACCCCGGCGGCAUGGCCCGCGCAUACGGGCCGUACGCCCCUGCGCAGCAGCCCAAGGACAUGGUCAAACCUCCGUAUAGCUACAUCGCGCUCAUCACCAUGGCCAUCCAGAACUCAGCCGACAAAAAGAUCACGCUGAAUGGGAUCUACCAGUUUAUCAUGGAGCGCUUUCCAUAUUACCGGGACAAUAAGCAAGGCUGGCAGAACAGCAUACGGCAUAAUUUGUCGCUCAACGAGUGCUUUGUCAAGGUGCCAAGAGAUGAUAAGAAGCCUGGUAAGGGCAGCUACUGGACUCUAGACCCGGACUCAUAUAACAUGUUUGAAAACGGCAGCUUCUUGCGACGGAGGCGCCGCUUCAAGAAGAAGGACGUGCUGAGGGACCGAGAGGAGCGGGACCGGCAGGGCAAAGACAGCCAGGGACAAGCGUGCGAGCAAGACGCGCAGCAGCCAGUGAAGCUCCGGGAUAUAAAGACCGAGAACGGGGCCUGCACGCCCCCGCAGGACAGCACUUCACCCCUCAGCACCGUGCCUAAAACGGAGAGUCCAGACAGGAGCGGUGGGAGUGCGUGUAGCGGGAGUCCUCAGUCGCAAACG